GCUGAGCUCAGUCCUGUACAGCCCUCAUUUGCUGUGUGUGUGUAAGUGUGUGUGUGCUGUGAAACAGAGGAGCGAAAGAGAAGACAGAGUGACUUUUGGGAAAAGAAAGGAGAGAAGAGAGAAAAGAGAGCGUCUGCACUUUCUAGUGCGGCAGAAAAAAAGCAGAGAGAGGGAAAAAAAUAGCUUUUCUGGCAGAGUGAGCGAGAGACAUAGUUAUAGAGUUAUAGAGAGAGAGAGAGGGCAGUGGAGAGUGCACUCUGGACCCCAGCGUUUGCGUUGUGUCCAGCGGUGAAGGAUCUGCGGGACGUUUCUGACUCUUUGUAGUGUCUGUGGAGUUAAGGAUGGAGACCUCAGGGCCCGAGGACGUCCCGGUGGAGCCGAAGGAGAGGAAAAAGAUCCAGUUUGCUGUUCCCUCCACAGCGCCGACACAGCUGGACCCCAGACAGGUGGAGAUGAUACGCCGGCGGAGGCCCACACCAGCAACACUGUUCAGAGUAGCUGACCAAACGUCUCCUGAAGACGACAACUCCACACAUCAGUGGGUUGUUGGAGAGAACGGCGUCCUCAAACCCAAACGCGUGAAUCCCAGCGUCUACCAGCCUCCCUCACUGAAGGUUGUCCAGCAGAUGGCUGAGGCUCAGAUGCAGAAGUUGGGUGUGUAUCCUCACAUGGAGGAGGAGGGGGAGGAGCCUCUGGAGACAGAGGAGGCGGAGUUAUUAAGCUGCACUGCUGAUUCACAGGGGGAGGGCGUGAGAGACGACCGGCCAGAAUCGAGUAAACUGAUCGCCACGGAGCGAACAGAGGAAGAGGAGGAGGAGGAAGAGGAGGAAACGACAGAAGACGAGAGCAGAAACGUGGAGUGAAACAGAGGGAUGAAGGAGGGAGGGAGAGAGGGAUGAUGGAGAAAACGUUUAAGUUGUAGGAACUUUAAGCAACACAUUGAAACAGAAGAACAGUCUGUGUGGGCGUGUUUGUGUGUGUGUGCGUUUUUUGGUAUUUCAGUUUCCUAAUAGAGCCGUACGAUAUAUAGUUUAUUAAUUAUCACAAUGCAAAUGAGCCCUCUAACCAAUCAGUGUUUAUUUUUUUUAACGUAUGCUUUGAUCAUCUUGACCAAUCACGGAUGAAUCAAGGUAUUCACAUGAUCCAACCAUGCAGACCAGUCUUUAAUCACACAAUGUCACAUUAUUGAUUUACUAAUGUUUUUUAAUAUGUUGUAUUACAUUAGAGUAGUCAGAUCGCCCCCUGCUGUUUGAACAUGCCAAUGCAGAUAAGAUAGGGUGCUGUGUUGCCCCUGUAUUCAGUUAUAUUUAACUCUAUAUCAACAUUUUGAGUAAUUAAAUGUCAGUAAAAGACAGAAAUGCAGUUUUUAUGAGCUUUUCCCCAAAAUGGCCUGACAUGCCGAUGACAUCACUAUCAUGUAUUCCACGAAACGGCACCAGUGCGUCAUUAAAUGCUGUUUAGCUACUGCAGUGUUAGCCUCUCCGUGUAACGCCAACCUAUUUAACACAUUUACUUUAUUUAUGGCCUCAUUUCAUAAAGUGAUAGUAUCAAACUUGUGUUUAGCUCUCAGAAGAGCCCCCCAUUCAUCUUAUUUAACGGGACAGUAGCUGCAGUUUUAUGUCACUAUAUAAAAUAAAAUCCAGUAAGAAACUAUGUGCCUGUUCAGCUAACUUUUAUCCAGUGAUAAUUCACCCAGAAAGUCACAAUGUUAGCUAGCCUGCUAUCUGCUGCUAUCUGAACUGUGGUCCAGUAGCUAAUGUGAACUAGUGUUUUAUAAAAGUGUCGUUCUACAGAAACGUCCAUUUUUGGGUCCCUAGCGUUUACAGAUAUAUUACACUUGAAAAAACAUGCUAUGGUCACAAUUUAUUUAUAUUUUAAAAUAAAACAAUGUUAUUUUAACAAUCACACCUUCCUGAGCCUCAAUUUAUCAAUAUUGGUUUUUAAAUCAAUCAUAUAGGAUUCCAAGCUCCACAGAAGAGCUCGUCCUCACAGUCAUGUGUGAAGACUGAGGCCAUAUUUUGAAGAAAAAAACUU